AUGACGUGCCGAGAGAGCGAGCGAACGCGCAGCCGGGAGACCGGAGUCUCCUGCCUCCCGCCCCCACCCCUCCAGCUCCUGCUCCUCCUCCGCUCCCCAUACACAGACAAGCUCACACCCGCUCCUUCACUCGCACACACAGACACACGCGCGCACACACGCUCCGCACAUACACUCCACUCUCUCCCGCGCGCUCCCACCCCUCUAGUCCUGCGCCCUCGCCGGUGCAGCGCAGCGCGGCUGCCGAACGCCCCUCUUGGGCUCACUCUGCAACGCUGACAGCGCCGGUGGUGUUCGUGGAGGUGGGAACAGAGGCGGCAUCCUCCCCUCUGGUCGCGGCCGGAGCCAGGACGCCCGCGGAACCCUUCGGCGGCGCUCUCCCAUGAGUCGGGAUCGCAGCAUCCCCUGCCAGCCUCUUACUGCCUCUGGGAGCCGCUGGACUUAUACACGGCAGCCCUUCCGGGACAGCAACUGUGACUCCCCACCAGUGCAGAUUUCGGGGCAGCUUUCUAGAAACUCGCUCUAAAGACGGAACCGCCACAGCACUCAAAGAUCCCCACAACCCCCACCCCAAUACGUCCAGGCCGCGGUGACCCAGCUUUGUCCUAUCCCCCGAUGCCCGCAGAGUCCACUGCGGAAGAGCGCAGCCCGGCAAGCCCCAGCCCUGAGACUGGACCCUCAGCGGAGCCGGGCAGCACUGCCGCUGCUUCGCCCCGCAGGACAUCUCCACCUCCUCCACUCUCAGCCUCCGCUGGAGAGACCCCCAGCCCCACCAUUCAGCGCGCAAGAUAUCCUCCAGGCCCUCAUCACCUUUUUUCAAGUCAAGAUUUCAUCCCAUACAUGCAUGACUCAAUCAGAUUUGGAAAUGUGGAUAUGCCCUGCGUGCAAGCCCAGUAUAGCCCUUCGCCUCCAGGUUCCAGUUAUGCAGCGCAGACGUAUGGCUCGGAAUACACCCCGGAGAUCAUGAAUCCUGACUACACCAAGCUGACCAUGGACCUCGGCACCACGGAGAUCACGGCCACUGCUACCACGUCUCUGCCUAGCUUCAGUACCUUCAUGGAAGGCUACUCGAGCAACUACGAACUCAAGCCCUCCUGUCUGUACCAAAUGCAGCCAUCGGGGCCGCGGCCCCUGAUCAAGAUGGAGGAGGGCCGCGCACACGGCUACCACCAUCACCACCAUGACCACCACCACCACCACCACCAUCACCAGCAGCAACAGCAGCAGCCAUCCAUUCCGCCCCCCUCCGGCCCGGAGGACGAGGUGCUGCCCAGCACUUCCAUGUACUUCAAGCAGUCCCCGCCAUCCACCCCGACCACGCCGGGCUUCCCGCCGCAGGCUGGGGCACUGUGGGACGACCCGCUGCCCUCCACGCAGGGCUGCAUCGCUCCUGGCCCGCUGCUCGACCCGCCAAUGAAGGCGGGCCACCCGUACGGGCUGCCGUUGGCCAAGAGGGCAGCCCCGCUGGCUUUCCCGCCGCUCGGCCUUACGGCUUCCCCCACCGCGUCCAGCCUGCUGGGCGAGAGCCCCAGCCUGCCGUCGCCGCCCAACAGGAGCUCGGCGUCCGGCGAGGGCACGUGCGCUGUGUGCGGGGACAACGCCGCCUGCCAGCACUACGGCGUGCGCACCUGCGAGGGCUGCAAGGGCUUCUUCAAGAGAACGGUGCAGAAAAAUGCAAAAUAUGUUUGCCUGGCAAAUAAAAACUGCCCAGUAGACAAGAGACGUCGAAACCGAUGUCAGUACUGUCGAUUUCAGAAGUGUCUCAGUGUCGGAAUGGUUAAAGAAGUGGUCCGUACAGAUAGUCUGAAAGGGAGGAGAGGUCGGCUGCCUUCCAAACCAAAGAGCCCAUUACAGCAGGAACCGUCUCAGCCCUCCCCACCUUCUCCUCCGAUCUGUAUGAUGAAUGCCCUGGUCCGAGCUUUAACAGACUCAACGCCCAGAGAUCUUGAUUAUUCCAGAUACUGUCCCGCUGACCAAGCCGCUGCAGGCACAGACGCUGAGCACGUGCAACAGUUCUACAACCUCCUAACCGCCUCCAUUGAAGUAUCCAGAAGCUGGGCAGAAAAGAUUCCUGGAUUUACUGAUCUCCCCAAAGAAGAUCAGACCUUACUUAUAGAAUCAGCCUUUUUGGAGCUGUUUGUUCUCAGACUUUCCAUCAGGUCGAACACUGCUGAAGAUAAGUUUGUAUUCUGCAAUGGACUUGUCCUGCAUCGACUUCAGUGCCUUCGUGGAUUUGGGGAGUGGCUCGACUCCAUUAAAGACUUUUCCUUAAGUUUGCAGAGCCUGAACCUUGAUAUCCAAGCCUUAGCCUGCCUGUCAGCACUGAGUAUGAUCACAGAACGACAUGGGUUAAAAGAACCAAAGAGAGUGGAGGAGCUAUGCAACAAGAUCACGAGCAGCUUAAAAGAACACCAGAGCAAGGGACAGGCUUUGGAGCCCGCCGAGCCCAAGGUCCUGCACGCCCUGGUAGAACUGCGCAAGAUCUGCACCCUGGGCCUCCAGCGCAUCUUCUACCUGAAGCUGGAAGACUUGGUGUCUCCACCCUCCAUCAUUGACAAGCUCUUCCUGGACACCCUGCCUUUCUGAGCAGGAACAGCCUGAGCAGGAAGCUGCCUGGUUAUCAGCUAGCAGCCGCUUGCUAAGCAGCCAGAGGGAUGGGUCUGGACACCUACCAUUUUCUGCCCUUCCAUAAGAGAAAAAGCAGCUCCUGUAGAAAAGAAAGACUUUUUUUUUUUUUCUGGCACUUUUCUUUACAACUGAAAGCCAGAAAACUUGCAGAGUAUUGUGUUGGGGUUGUGUUUUAUAUUUAGGCUUUGGGGUUAGGGCGGGAGGCGGGGUAUAUAGUUCAUGAGGGUUUUCUAAGAAAUUGCUAACAGAGCACUUUUGGACGAUGCUUUCCCAGCAGGAAUAAAAAGGGUAAUAUAACUGUUUUUAAAACUCUUUCUGGGGAAUACAAUUAUAGUUGGUUUGUAUUUAAAAACAAGAACAGCCAAGGGCUGUUCGCCAGGGUAGGAUGUGUCUUGAGAUUGAUCCCUUUAGAAUACAUUUUUUGUAUCAAGGGUAUGUAUGUGGUGCAAACAAAGCAGAAAUUCCCUCUUGUUUUCUUUCUUCCUUUAUUUUGUUUUAACAAACAGUGAAAGAUGGAGGAUUACCUAUAAAUCAGACAUAGCAAAAUGAUAAUGGCUGUUCGCUUCCAUAUGCAAGUGCAAUUUUUAAAGUGCUGUCUUACUAAGUCUUGUUUAUUAACUCUCCUUUAUUUUAUGUGUAAAUAAAAAGGAGGCAGUCAUGUUAACAAAUGCACAUGCUAAUUUUCCUAGCAGAGGCUUUGUCCACCUGCCCUGUGGAACCCUUCUGAGGUAUGGUCCAUCCAAGAUUUUGGGCCAUUCUUGAUGGAUCCAGAUCCCUGCCCUGACUGUCCAACUGUACUGAAGGGGGCUCAGAUUAUGAGAUGGAUUGCGUAUAGCAUUUUUUUGUUGUUUUCUAUAAAUCCAGCCAGAAUUCCCUAAACUUUCUUCAGUUAUAGCAACUGACUGACACAUUCAUUCAGAAGCCCCAGGAGCAUUCAGUAAGUUAACAUGCAAAUAAUUAGGAAUGGAUCACACAGGGUAAGCACCAGGGAUAAUAAGGUUUUUUGAAUAUAUAUCAUUAAAUUUUUUAUCUGUUAAAGAGACAAUUUUGGAGAGCAAGCAAGUCUUAUUUAAAAAAAUAGUAUGAAUGUGAAUACUAGAAAGGAUUAGUGGGCUGCGUUUCAACAUUCCGUGUUCGUACUCCCUUUUGUAUGUUUAUACUGUUGAUGCCAUAUUAUUAUGAGAUGAUUUGUUGCAUAGUGUCCUUAUUUGUAUAAACAUUUGUAUGCACGUUAUAUUGUAAUAGCUUUGCCUGUAUUUAUUGCAAGACCACCAGCUCCUAGAAGCUGAGUUACAGAGUACUUAAAUGGGGUGUUCACAGUGAACUUGGAUACACCAAUUAGAAAUUAAAUAAGCAAAUAUAUAUAUAAAUAUAGCAGGUUACAUAUAUAUAUUUAUAAUGUGUCUUUUUAUUAACCAUUUGUACCAUAAGUGUUAAUUCCCAUGCUGUUAUUUUAUGGUUCAUUUGCAGUGACUUUUAAGGCAGUACUGUUUAGCACUUUGAUAUUAAAUCUUUGCUUAUGUUUUGCUAAAUUCAAAUAAUGUUUGAAGAUUUUUAGGUCUAAAAGUCUUUAUAUUAUAUACUCUGUAUCAAGUCAAAAUAUCUCUGGCCAUUUUGCUAAGAAACAAACUUUGAAUGUCAGACUGAUGUUAUAGUAGUUUUUGUUAGCUUUAAAUCAUUUUUGCUUCAGUCUUUUUAAAGGACUAAUAACAAAACUAUGCUGUUUAUAUUGUCAUUAAAUUAUACAAUCAAACAAAUGCCAAAUGAAUUGCCUAAUUGCUGCAAAGGAUAACCCAGAUAGAAAAUCGUAUGUUUUUUUCCAAGAGUCGUUCUUAUUUGAUCAUGUAUUAUGUUUCUGUGAGCUUUUAUGAAAGAUUAUUAUUUUUAUAUCAAGAUGAUAGGAUCUGGAAUGUUGGGAUCUUGGAAUGUUAGACUUACAAGUGGCCUGACUUGUCAACUAGUGCAUCUCCCCUGAAAUUCAUAGAGGAGAAAACUGGGGCCCAGCAAGGGAUAAAGAGUUACCCAAGGUCAAAUAGCUGGUAACAGAAUCAAGACUAGGACCUAAUUCUCCUUUCCAUAGUCUCUUUACUCUUACUGCAUCUUUGGGAAAACAGGCUUUUAAAAAUAACCACUAAUAUUCACAUUUUACCAAGAAUAAAGUAGUACUUUUCCAGUAAUUUUUGAGCUUAUAUGCAAAUAUAAUAAACAUUAUUAAAUACCAGGAAAGCUAACAUUUCAUACAAACUAGCUUCAGACCAAAUUCAAAUUGAAUUUGAAUAAAUUAGAAAUACUGUGCAUACAUAACCCUUUUGUGCAGUUAGUCUUGGAACAUUAAUCCUUUUUGUUUUGUUUUGUUUUGUUUUGUUUUUUGUCAUGUCUGUAAAGGAAAAACAAAACAAAACAAAACAAAAAUACAGAGCCCUAGAGGAAUGCUGUCACUUUUUAUUUUUACACUCAUCAGAUUUAAGGAAAAAGACUUUUUAGCUGAUAUUGAUUUGUUGGAAGAAAUGAAGAAGGUUUUUAGUUAUAGGUCCAGACACUAGUGCCGAAAGUAAAGAUUAUAGCCAGUGUUCUGUCUUCCAUAGUUAUUACAACGGUGAGAGCCCCCCCAAGUCAUCUAUCAGUUCAACUCUCUUUUUUGUCUUAUUGUUGACACACAAGUUUAUACAGAGUGGAUGACCAAUCUAGCUCAGAAGAGGACAGCAAGAAUUAAAGCAGGUGAUUCUUCCGUUGUGGGAGAGCUCUCUCAGUGCGAACAUGCCUUCUGUGGGCGGAAAUCAGGAAUCCACCAGCUGUUUAUGGAGAGUGCCUUGCUUUUAUUUCAGACAGCAGAGUUUUCCAAAGUUUCUCUGCUCCUCUAACAGCAUUGCUCUUUCGUGUGUGUUAACCUGUGUUUGAAAGAAAUGCUCUUGUACAUUAACAGUGUAAAUUUAAAUGAUUAAAUUAAAUUACAUUUUAUCAAUGGC